AUUCAAAUAUGAGGAAAAUAAUACUUUGUUUAAUCAUCACAAUUUGCAUAAUAACAUACAUUCUUGAAACGAAGAGUCUGAAUUCUUUUAGUCAAAUUGACAAAUUAUUUUACAAAGCAAAAGAUGUGCGAUUCAUACCGGACAACAUGGUACCCGAAGAAGGACAUUUAAAAACCACUGUAACAUUUUCCCCUUUAGAGUGCAUCAUACAAUGCUUAAGAACAAGCAAAUGUGCCCAGACAAACGUUGCAAAACUAACAGACAUGUCAUGGAAUUGUGAUAUGUUUGGAUUGGGCACAGGUAUAAAAGCUAGCAGCCAAGGCAAUCAUCAUUACAGCAUGAUGUUUAAUGAAUGCGAAGGAGGUUUUAAUACCACACUCUACAGUGGCUCUGCUUAUUGUUUCAACCAAGGAUCCCUGAACUGGACAGAUGCCCAAAGCAAAUGCCUUGAAUAUGGUGCCCAUCUGGUUACCA